AUGCCGCCCAGAAAAACGAAAGCUCAGCCCAAGAAAACCGAAAUACAAAUGAGGAAAAUGUAUUUGGAGAAAAUGGAACGUUUUCAACUAACAAAAGAGUGGCAAGACUGUAUGGAUGCAGUGUGGAGAAGGAACGGAAAAGCAAAAAUCAUAGACUGGAGAAAAGAAGGGAUUCUUCCUCCUGUUCAGAAGCAUACAAGACCGGUAUGUGUCUCUACCAGUGUUUGUAGUUGCGUAUCAGCGCACUACUUUAUGCGUAUUGGAGGAUCUGCACCAGCUAUACUCUCGUUAGAGAGUAUAGCGAGGGGUGUUUUUGAUGAGCGUGCUGUAAAGGCCCGGAUGGAUGUUAUUAAAAAAGAUAGGGAAGAUGUGCUCGUGGGGAAGAUGCAUCCGGAUUGCGACAUUAGCGUAGUGGACGCGCUUCGCUAUGCAUGCAGGUUCGGACUUCCUCUUGAGGAGGACUGGCCAUUUGGCCAACCAGCACCAGUAAGAUCGUUGGAUAAAUUGCACAAGUUCAUGGUUCAUGAUUACAGGGAACUUGAGGGUGCUGAUGAAGUAUCCAUAAAACACAUGUUAAAGCAAUUCCCGUUGCUAUGUGAGGCUUAUUUUUCAGAUGCAGUCCACGAAUACAAAGCUGACACCAUUUAUACCAGAGAAGAUAAUCGACGUAGAAGGAAGAUUGAGCUACAUGCCAUGGUAUUGGUUGGUUGGGGCUGUGACGUUGAGGGCAAGGAGUAUUAUAUCGUGAUGAGCAACUGGGGAAGAGAAUGGGGGGACGAAGGCUAUGGCUAUUUAGAGAAGGAGUUAAUUGACGCAGUGUAUUAUCCGAUGAUCCUGCCCUUGAAGACUAUGCCACCACCUAUCGACCUUUGA